UUUGGGGCGCAGAUGACAUGCAUGUGCAUCCUUGCGUGAGUUCGCACGCUGCCGGCGUCCUAUGGUUUACGAACAAUGAAUUCCUUGGCUUCUGCUGGAAUUCUGGUAGGGAGGAAGGGAAUGGCCUGACCCAGAGGACCCAAGGGAAAGCGCUGAGCCAUGAGCCGGCUGUUGGUGCCAUCUAGUCGCUCUCCCUGGCAUAGGCACUUGGCAGGAGCGGGCUGCAGCCGGCGGAACUAAUGAGGCUUAAUUAAACAAAGCCUUCCGAAGCAAACACCGUGACAUGGUGGCAACGAGUUUCUUUAACCCAUCACACAGCGAGCGUGCUGUUUACUUUAGGACUAAGCUGUUCGGCGCCGUAUCUUCAAGGGAAUAAUCGCACUCUUGUUUGAAAGCCGUUCCCGGGCAGCUCCUGCUCCAUCUGGGCUUGUGCAAAGCGUGGGUCGCAAGGUCAAGAUAAUUAAAUCUCAGUGCAGCUGAGCUGAUGGUGAAUUGGCUGCUGUUUUCUUCGGAAGCAACAGGCAGAGGUCAUCGCGAUACACUGCAGCAACUGUCGAUGGAUGCGGGAAUUAAGGCUGAGCUGCCCGGCUGGAUUUUCAGUUGGAUUUGGAAAGCUUUUGCUGCUCUUUCCUGCCUCCGCCAGGCUUUUCUCAAAAGCAGGUCCCUGUUUCAGCAGCCGUGACAGACCUGGCUCUCGAGGAAACCUGCCUCCUGAAGGAUUUUUCCGACAUCUCUUUGAUCAGAGGAGCCCUUCGGCUUACAGAGUUGUUCUAGUUAUAGUGAUGGAUGGAAUCUUCUUGCUUCCAAAGCCAAAUUGUGCUUUUAGCUCAGACCUUAUUCCUAAAGCCACGACGUUCCUCCCCUCGAUGCAAUAGUCUGGCAGAGCUGUUUGUCCGUCAGUCUGGAGCGAGAGCUUUAUGGGGUAGGAAAAGGAGUAAUUUGAGGGGGGCUAUCCCUGCUCCUUCCUCCAGAGCUGCCCCCGGUGCAGCAGUACCACGACGCUCACGAUUGCUGCCAUUCAGCCAAAGCAGAUGUGCGUCCACGACAGACAACGCCGGGGCUGCGCAGCUCUGCUCAGCACAGGAGUGAGGAGGAAGAGCUGUUCCGGGCAUUGGGAGGAAUGCACGGAGAGGGGAUCUCUUGGAGGGGAUUGCUCUUUGCGGACAGGGCUGGAAAGACAUCUUGAUUUUCCUGAUUAACGUCUUAGGUUGAUUGCUGAGGUGAGAGCAAAUAUGGAACUGCUUGGGAAUUAAAUGUAAAGAGUGAUGAACUUGAAGGAGAAGCUGCGUUGUAUCGCUUUACUGAAGAAACCAUGCUUCUCCGGGAUAAAACCAAUUAUCCAAAUGAUGUUCAGCAUCCUCUUUGGUUCGACGCUGACAGAGACACUGAAAACUGGGCUGUGUCUGAUACUUUCAGAAGGAAAAAACUUCCAGGUUUGUACAAGAUGCAGAGUUUUAUGGAAUCAUAGAAUCACCAGGUUGGAAAGGACCCACUGGGUCAUCGAGUCCAACCAUUCCUAACACUCCCUAAACCAUGUCCCUCAGCACUUCAUCCACCCAUUCCUUAAACACCUCCAAGGAAAGUGACUCGAUGUGUUUUUCCUUUUUGUCCGGUGGACUUGUUGGAAUAUUGUAAUGGAAAAUAAAUGGGAACGGGGGUGAGUAACUGGUUUGGGGUCAUAUCGGAGCCACGACUCAGUGCCUGUGCAGGGGAUUUUUAUUCAUAAACGAAGCAUGCUACAUUUCCAUCCUGAUUUGCAUCAAAGACCCUCAAAUCGCACUUGAAUCCCGUACCUCGUCGGCUGCGGAUUCCUAUGCCACGUUCUCAGCUGGCAGAGGAUGGACCUGGUGUGUGGACAGAGACAGACCUCACCGGAGUGAAAUCCAGAGGCAAACAGCAACCGAGGGAAGAGCAGAGCACGGAGCAGCCUGGUUUAUGAGCGGAGAAGGUCCGUCUGCAAGAGCAGAGAGAGCUCAGACUCCCUGGCGAGUCGCAGCCGGGCGGGUGCAGAAGGGAUUGACCGGGAUGCUGUAGCAGCCACCAAAUCACCAGCGGAUGAAGAGCUGCUGAGACAGGAGAGGGAGGAAGGCUGGCAGCAAAAGCCCUCCCAGCUCGCUCGAGUGCCGGAGGUGAGUGCUGGAACAAACAAAAUUGAGGUGGGAGGCAAGAGGGAGAAGAAACCAACCACAACGCUGUCAGGUUGGAAGGAGUGAGAGCUUCAAGCGCUUUCCCUUGUGCCAGGGCACCCGGCUGGAGGUGAGAGCUGGGAGGAUUGCGGUUGGUGCUUCCGAGACAUCAGCAGAGGCAUUAAAAAGGGGGUUUGGAUGCUGAUGGAGACUUGAACAGCUGUGAAACCUCUCAAGGGAUUGGAACAAAGGGGAACCCAUGGAUGGUUUUUACUCCUCCGCAGAAGGAGAUGGGCAGGAUGUCAUCAAUGCCACCAGCAGGAGGAAGAGCUGGGCAGAGGAAGGCAACUCCGAGUUGUCCUUCCGCAUGGUGACAGCUGCCUUACUCUUCCUUCUCAUCCUCUCGACGUUCCUGGGCAACACCCUGGUGUGCGUGGCUGUGGUCAAGUUCAGACACUUGCGCUCUAAGGUUACCAAUUUCUUCGUGAUCUCCUUGGCAGUGUCUGACCUCUUUGUAGCCGUACUGGUGAUGCCCUGGAAGGCUGCCACCGAGGUGGUGGGGUUCUGGCCCUUUGGGGCUUUCUGUGAUAUUUGGGUGGCUUUUGAUAUCAUGUGCUCCACAGCUUCUAUCCUCAAUUUGUGCAUCAUCAGCGUGGACCGUUACUGGGCCAUUUCCAACCCCUUCCGCUACGAGAAGAAGAUGACGCAGCACGUGGCUUUCAUCAUGAUCGGAGUGGCUUGGCUACUGUCCCUCUUCAUAUCCUUCAUCCCUGUUCAGCUGAAGUGGCACAAGGAUCAUGAGCUCCUUACCCAACAGGGACCAGGUUAUAACGUUUCUGGGGAGGAGGAGAACUGUGAUUCCAGCCUCAACAGGACUUAUGCCAUCUCAUCUUCUCUCAUUAGCUUCUACAUCCCUGUUGCCAUCAUGAUUGUGACAUACACCCGCAUCUUCCGCAUCACCCGGCGGCAGAUCCGCAGGAUCUCCUCCCUAGAGAGGGUGGUGGAACAUGCCCCAGACUGCCCCAGCAGCAGCUGUCCUCACGAGGCCUCCCUGAAGAACUCCUUCAAGAAGGAGACCAAAGUCCUCAAGACCCUCUCCAUCAUCAUGGGCGUCUUUGUCUUCUGCUGGUUGCCCUUCUUCGUGCUCAACUGCAUGGUGCCCUUCUGUAAUCUUGACCUACGUGAGCCAGGAGAGCUACCUUGCGUCAGUGAGACCAUCUUCGACAUCUUCGUCUGGUUCGGGUGGGCCAACUCUUCCCUCAAUCCUAUCAUCUAUGCCUUCAACGCAGACUUCCGGAGAGCUUUUGCAACUCUCUUGGGCUGUGGCUGCCUUUGCCCCAGCAAUGCGGUGGAAACAGUGAACUUCAGCAACGAGCUGGUCUCCUACCACCAGGACACCACAUAUCAGAAGGAAGUAGUGACCCUCAGCUACCCCCAGCUUCUCCCCCAGGCUGUUCUGCAGAUGGAAAACAACGAGGUGUCCUUUGACAAGGUUUCCCAGGUCUCCAGGCCCUCUCGCAACACUCGCCCUGUGGACGCGUCACCUGCAGUGCUGCACGUGGAGUGCGAAAGGGCUGUCUCGCUGGAGAAAAUUACACCUUUCACCACCAGCAGCAUGUUUGAUUGAGAUGGGGGUUGGGAAAAGGGUGGUGGGACGGUUGCGAGGCGAGAUGGAAGCAGGGACACUAUUGUAGUUGCCUGUUUUCUGAGGAUAAUGUGAAUAUCACCCUCCUUGUCUGGGCAGGAGCGUGCAUUAAUGAUGGAAUCAUGGAAUGGUUUGGGUUGGAAGGACCUCAAAGCCCAUCCAGUUCCACCCCCUGCCAUGGGUAGGGACACCUCCCACUGGAUCAGGGGCUCCAAGCCCCAUCCAACCUGGCCUGGAACCCCUCCAGGGAUGGGGCAGCCACCACUGCUCUGGGUAACCUGUUCCAGGGCCUCACCACACUCAUAGUGAAGAAGUUCUUCCUAAUGUCCAGACUAUAUCUGCCCCUCUCCAGUUUACACCCAUUCCCCUUCAUCCUAUCCCUACAAGCUUUUAUGAACAGCCCCUCUCCAGCUUUCUUGUAGCCCCUUCAGGUGCUGGAAGGUCGCUGUAAGGUCUCCUCAGAGCCUUCUCUUCUCCAGGCUGAACAACCCCAACUCGCUCAGCCUGUCCUCAUACAGGAGGUGCUCCAACCCUCUGAUCAUCUUUGUAGCCCUUUGUAGGCAUCUUCCAGCAGUCAGGUCCCUCCUUUUUCCUGGACUGUUUCUCCCCCUUCGUCUUUGUUCUCUCCCUCAUUCCCUUCCUCCCUCGUUUCAUUAAGGCUCCUUUCUCCUCGCUGUCUCAUUUCCAUGCUAAUGGCUUCUGAAGAAGCUCUUCUUGCUCACCUCUACUCUUUAAUCAGCCUCUCCUGCGCCUGUGGGAGCUUUGGUCUGCUUGGUUGGGGGUUGGAAGAGCAAAUGAGCAGCCUCCGGCAUUUCAUUGCCGGGAGCGACUUCAGAAAGGUGUUUUGAUCCAUUCCCGGUUGAACCCCACGGCAGCGAGCGGCACAUCUACGUCGUCUUGAAUCUGAGACAUCUUUAGCUCCUUGGCAGAGCAGAAAGGCUUCUCCCUCCUCCCCGGCAAACAUUAACAAAGAGAAGAAAUCAGAAAGUGAUAAUUACAGAGUAACGGUAAUUAUUCAAUAAAGCCCAAUUAUAGUCAAGUUACAGCAGAGCCGGCGUGGGAGGGGAGCAGAGCUCUCCGCGUCUCCAAGGUCGACGCCGGGAUUUGUCUGGGGAAGCGCUGGUAGGGCUCAGCUUCAUUUAGAACCAUCUCCACGUGUGGUGGUGGUGCUGCCAAAACUGAGAGGGGUUUGGGGCUCCUCAGCCCUGGGAUGAUGGUCCUGACUGAGAGAAGGAGACGUUCAGAGAUGGGGCCAAUCAUUUGGCCUCUUCCUAAGAGGUCCAACACGACAGCAGUUGAACGUUGCUGCGAUGUCCGUAUGGCAAACA